AUGUUAGAGGCUCUCGCGGCUUAUUCCUCCUCUCCUUGGGUUGGAAGAAAUGCAUUUGCGCAGCGCGACUCUAACGUCCAACUCUUUCCAUCACCAAAAAUGACAUCGAAAGAAAUCGAAUUUAGUCCGCCGCCCAAGCAUGUCCAACGACGAUCCCCACAAAAUCCACAUGCGAGUCAGCAGCACGCAAGCAAUGCACAGGAACUUCGUCGACAGAAGUACCUCGACAGAGUCCGCCAUGUCAGUGAAGAAUACCGCUGGGCCCAGCGUAGUGACCAGGUAGUUCUUUUACAGAUAUUUGACCGCCGGGACCUCAUCUUACAAAUGUGCAGAUUCUCCGUCAACAGUAUGUGGAUCAAAGAAGAUCAUGGGAGUUGGAAAAAGCACUUUCUGCUCCUGAUGAUCACGGCGUUUGGGAUGAAGAUAACAAGGAAGACCAUCACAGUGACUCAUUUGAUUCUGGUCAGUCUUUUGGAUCCGACCCAAUUCGUACUUUCGCACAUUUUCUUACUAUACGCAGAUUCAGGAGCUGUCGCAGACGAUGCGCUUCGUCAAGAGCGUGAAGCUCUGGAGUCGCUAAUAUUCUGGGCUGAAACUUCUUCCUCAGAGGAACGGAAUCAGUUCGGGAAUGACACCGCUGACAAUGAAGAUGAAGAAUUAGAUCAGCUCCUUACAAAUCUUAUGGCCUGUGACCCAAGCGACAAGAAUGCCAGCCUAUGUGAAGGUUGCAGCAGCCAGGACAUGGACAUCAGCGCAGGGUAG